AUGAAGGUUACUAUUCGAGCAUCACUAAAUAGAAACAAUUCUAGUGAAGAAAAAAAUGAUUAUGCAAAUUUUAGUCAUACAAGAAUAAUCACUUUAUUUCAAGUGCCUCAAUAUGAACAUAUUCAAAUACUUAUUUGUAAUGGUAAUUCAUUGACAACAUUAGCCGGUGUUGAACAUAUGAAACAUUUGUGGAAACUUGAUGUCGGAAACAAUCAAAUCCGAAGUCUACAACAUUUAUCACGUUUUAUAGCACUUGGUUCACUUAUUCUUUCAAAUAAUAAUUUAACAUGGAUUGAAUUACAACAUAUUCGUCAUAUGUUUAUUCUUGAUUUACGACUUGAUGGAAAUUCUACUCUUGAUGCUGAUCCAAAUUAUCGUCAACAUAUACUCGAUUGUUUACCACGAAUAUGGAUGUGUGAUGGAAUUUUUGUUUCAACUACAGAACGAAAUCAAGUAGAUGAAUUCUUUACACAAUCAUCAUUAACACAAAAACCUGUUCGACGAAAAUUAGCACGUGAUAUAUUUAUGCCAACAAAUUUAAAAGAUCGUUCAGUUAAUGGACUUUUUGGAGCAAAAGCAACUGAACUAUUUGCUAAAUUUCCAAUGAAUUGUUUUGUUAAUUCAGAACUUGAUAAAAAACGAAUAAAACAUUUAGCUUAUACUAUUCAAGAUUUAUUACUUACAGAAAUGAAAUAUGAUGAUGAAAAAAAAUAUGACGAAUUUCUCACACAAAAUCGUCAUAUACUUCCACAAAUGAUCGAUCUUCGACAAACACAUAUUGAAGAAUUUAAUAUGCUUCUUAUUUUACUUGUCACUGAUAUUAUUUAUCAAAUUCCUGGUGAAUUAUUACAUAAUGUUUUAGAUGUUACUCACAUAAAAACUAUUGGAAAUUUAAAUAUUUCUCAUAUAUUUUCAUCAAGUGAACAAUUAAAAUGUAUGAUUGCAUCUCUUGUUCAUGCAGGUGCACGACUUGAUCGAGAUGACAAUCAUCCAGCAGCAUUUUAUGAUAAACUUUUUAAUAGUCUAUCAAUUGUUCUUACAAAUCAAGUACGACAAUUGUCUUCUUCUUCAAAUACGAAUCAAGUUCAUUCAAAUCCUGGAUUAAUUUCUGAAGCAAAAUCAAUGGUUUGUCUUGAAGUUAUGCAAGUAUUAAUUAUGUGUCCAUUAUUUUAUACACUUAUUAAUAAUGCAAAUGUAAGUUCUAUUUUAAAACAAGCAUUAGAACGAUCACCAGCAUAUGGAAGUAUUAGAGAUGUUUUACAAAGUUUUAAUGCUGAUCAAAAAACAGGUGAAGAACAAAAAGAAUUAUUUAGUUCAAUUAUUGGCAAUAUAAUAAAAAUGACUAUUCGAACAUUAUCAUCUAAACGAAUGAAAAAAAUUAAUGAACCAUUACCAGCAGUUUAUGAUACGACAAAACCAGAAAUUGAAAAUUCAAAUAAACGAUUACAGGAACAAACUGUAUUAUCACCAAAAUCUUCACAACGUGCAAAUGUUAAUCGUAUACCGGCUAUUGGUGAUCGUAUAUUAACUGCUCCACAAAGUUUUGGUCGUAUUGUAACAUUACCCGAUACAGAAAUUGCAAUGAUUCAACUUGAUCAUAUUCUUGCUCUUAAUGGUGCGAUGGUUAGUAAUGGUUCAGCAAAUGAUCAUACUACUUAUGUUAAUAUGAAUAAUUUUGAAUGGGAUCCUUCACAUGAAUAUUGGAAACCAAAAUUUGCAUCUGGUGAUAAAAUAACAUUACAAAUGACAACAAUACGAAGUGAAACACCUCGAUUAGUUCCUCCUUCGCUACUACCGCCUCCACUUCCAUCUUCAUCAAGAACAAUACUAUCAAGAACAUCAGAAUCUAUUGAAAAAGGACGUGUUACACCAAAACUUUUUGAAAUGAACCUCAAUAAACCAAAAGAAGCAUUUGUUGAUGCACCACGUGAAACAACUCCUUCUCCAUCAGUUCCUAUUAUUCAUCAAGAAACAACACGUAAUUCUCAAGACAUAUCAAAUUCUCCUCCACCAACUUCUCCAAUAAUUGAACGUAAAGUGGUUACACCAGAAGAAAUAUCAAUCAUCGAACGUCCUAUGUCUGUUCGUAUAAUAAAACAAAAACAAGAACAAAUAAAAACUUCUAUCAAUGGUGAAACUGUUUCUACAUCACCAGUUCUUAUUGAAUCAAUGCUUCUACUUAUGCCUAAUCAACCUCAUGCACCUAUUGUAUCAUUUGAAAAAAUACAACAACCAGCACAUUCAUCAAAUAUGAAUGAUUAUGAACCAUCACGUAUUAUGUCAAUACUUGAACAUUCAUCAAAUGUUCCUGUAACACCAGUUACUAGUCGACGAUCAUCAACACAUCGUGUUCAUAUACCAGUGCAUAAUGCUUUACAAUGGUUUAAUGGACCUGAUAUGCAAAAUGAACGAAUAGGACGCAUGGAAAAAGUUGUUGCUUCACUUGUACGUCGAUCUUUUCGACCAUUAACUAGUUAUGGAAUACCACGUGUACCAAUAUUAACAUCACCAUCAUCAAGAGAUCAUGCUCUAUAUAAAGGAGUUCGACCAGAGAGUUUUCAAGAUUUUCGUAUUGAAAGUCAUCGAAUGACAACAACACCAUUAAGUUUCACUCGACAAUCUCAAUCACCUAAAGGACGCUAUACACCAUCAUUACGUUUACAUGAUUUAAGUCAUACGAGCAAUUCUAAUCAUAAUGUGCAUCGUGCUAAAUCCUUGCUUAAUCCACCGUGUCCAACACCUUGGAUGUGA